AGAACUGGCCAAGAGGUCCAAGGAGCUAGAAAAGAAGUUGCAGGAGGAUGCUGACAAGGAAGCCAAGACGGUCAAGCUGCUACUGCUGGGUGAGUGAGAUGGGAAGAUAAGCCAGAGAAAGAGAAGGCCCUUUCCUUCCCACUUAGCCUGGGUGGAGGUGGGUUUCAGCCCACCCUACAGGGAGGAGGGAGGGCAGCUCACUUUGCUCUCCCCAUUGAGCUCAAGCUCAGGGGUCAGGAGCUCCAGGGUGGAGCGCAGCCGCCCUAGGGAGAUGCAGGAUGCUCGUCCUUAAACUAGGAUCAGCGCAGGGGCCAGGACCAACCCUCCUGUCUCCAAAUCGAACCACACCUAACAGCUUGGCAAAUACCAUGAAUCCUAGGCUUGCAGACACUGAUCCAAUCUGCUGUCAGAGAACUGAGUCAAGGAUUCAGAAAAGGACAGAGCAUUCAAGAGUCCUACCCUAUCAUCAGAGUCAGGGAGUCUUAGGGAUAGACCAGAUUGCCAAGUAUACUGGUUCCUUCUCAUUGCUUUCAGCAAAAAUUUUAGAAGUAGGGAAGCCCUGAGGGGCGGGGAACGGAGUUUUCGGCUACAGCAGUCCUUUCCAUUCAGUAGCUGUAUCUAAAGCCUGCGACAGGUGGGAGGUCAUCCACUGGAUGAGCUCCUAAGCAAUCACAGAUCUGGGCUGAAAAAAGAAAAGCACCUCAGUGGUUGGUCAGAGAAAUUGAUCAUGGCUGUACAUAAAACCAAGACUAUAUAGUUUGGAACACCCGGCUUAGAAAAAAAAUCCAAACCCCAGUGGCAAUACAGAGGGAGGCAGCUGGAGCAGGUGGGGUCUAUGCAGCAGCAGACUGGCUGGAUAGGCGGCAUUUCCAGCCCAUAAGCUGCCUGGGAGCUGGAGCCCCAGGCUAAGGCACCUCCCCUCCCCACCCCGCACUGAUCUAUGGCAUGACCCUAAGGACACACUGAAUUGCAUACCUCUGUAAGCUGGACCCAGACUUCAAGUUGCCCAGGAGGCUACAGGAGGAGGAAGAGAGAUAGCAAGGCCACUGAGAGAUCUUUUAAGCCUAAGCAGCUUUCUUCUACAUUCUGGACUAAGAGGCUUAGAGGGAACAUGCCAAGGCUAAGUAGGAAGGGGUUAAGGCAUCAGGGGUAGUACAGACUCGGGGAGAGGGCUGAAGGGUUAGGUGGGCUUUGGAUGGAAGGAGAGCAGAGUGUGAAUGAGGAUAUUAGAGCAUUUUUGUCAAAAGUAACAGCAUGGUGAUUGAAAAAAACCCCACAGUAUUUUAGUGAAGUGAUGAAGCUCUCUCCAAUCCUGCCCUAAGAUUAUUCUCCUAAAAAUGAUGAGAGAAAUGUGUUAAAGGAAUUCUCCUGACUCUAUCAGUGAUUCUCAAAGAGAUUUUUGCCCCCACCUACCCCACCACCAUGGAGACAUUUUGAGUUGUCACAACUGGAAGAGUGGCAUGCUAUUGGCUUCUAGUGGGUAGAGGCCAGGAAUACUGCUACACACUCUACAAUGCAGAGGACAGACCUCCACGAAACAGUCAUCCAGCCCCAAAUGUCAACAGUGCAGAGUUUGAGAAACUGCUCUAAAUCCAGGCUGAAUGGCCUGAGCCUAAGGCUGGCAGAAAUUGAGGGCAGCAACCAUCCUGACGCGUUCUCCCCUAACGCAGCUCCCAGGUGCUGGGGAGUCAGGAAAGAGCACGAUCGUGAAACAGAUGAAGAUCAUUCAUCAGGAUGGCUAUUCGCCAGAAGAAUGCCUGGAGUACAAGUCCAUCAUCUAUGGGAACGUGCUGCAGUCCAUCCUGGCUAUCAUCCGGGCCAUGUCCACACUGGGCAUUGACUAUGCUGAGCCAAGCUGUGUGGAUGACGGGCGACAGCUCAACAACCUGGCUGACUCCAUUGAGGAGGGCACCAUGCCCCCUGAGCUGGUGGAGGUCAUCAGGAAGUUGUGGAAGGAUGGAGGGGUGCAAGCCUGCUUCGACAGAGCUGCCGAGUACCAGCUCAAUGACUCGGCACCUUACUACCUGAACCAAUUAGAGCGCAUUACUGCCCCUGACUACCUCCCUAAUGAGCAAGAUGUGCUACGGUCCAGAGUCAAAACCACAGGCAUCAUUGAGACCAAGUUUUGCGUCAAAGACUUGAAUUUCAGGAUGUUUGAUGUGGGAGGGCAGAGAUCAGAGAGAAAGAAGUGGAUCCACUGCUUUGAGGGGGUCACCUGCAUCAUUUUCUGUGCAGCCCUCAGUGCCUAUGACAUGGUGCUCGUGGAAGAUGACGAAGUGAAUCGUAUGCAUGAGUCGUUGCACCUGUUCAACAGCAUAUGUAACCACAAGUUCUUUGCCGCUACUUCCAUUGUUCUCUUUCUCAACAAGAAGGACCUCUUUGAGGAAAAAAUCAAGAAAGUCCAUCUGAGCAUUUGUUUUCCAGAGUAUGAUGGGAACAACUCUUAUGAGGAUGCAGGGAAUUAUAUCAAGAGUCAGUUCCUUGACCUCAACAUGCGAAAAGACGUCAAAGAAAUCUACAGUCACAUGACCUGUGCUACAGACACCCAAAAUGUCAAAUUUGUAUUUGAUGCAGUUACAGACAUUAUCAUCAAAGAAAACCUCAAGGACUGCGGGCUCUUCUAACCCUCAUCAUUUCUCAAGUAUACCAUCUAUAAACAGGCUUGGAAUCUGGGUAAUUUCAAGCAGAAAAUUACAGGUCAAUAUACCAUGGCAUGGCGAAUGCAUUCUCCCUUGGAAAUGGGAGUAUGCAUGAUUGCAACUGUGCCUCACACAUUCUUUUCAAAGCGGGCUAGCUAGUGCAGUUUAAAGAGCAGAAGGCCAGGGGUCAGAAGACCCAGGUUCCAGUAAUGGUUCUACAACUUACUCCAAAAUGUAAAUACUUCAUUUCUCGGAGUCUUGAGUCCCUCACCUAUAAAAUGAAGAUAACUUCUCUACCACGUUACAGGGUUGUGCUGAUGAUUACAAACAAAACUGAAGGAAAGACACGUAAAGGCUAGUCACAGAAAGAAUUCCUAUCUAAAAACUGCCAUUUAUGAAAUUCAACACCAGGUUUUUAGAUGAAUUAUCCCAAGCAAAACAGCAAAACAAAACAAAACAAGUAAAAACAAAACCUCAAUAAACCUACCACCCCUUUUUACUAACAGACCUCUAUGUGUCUUAGCUCAGAGAUCUGGAUCACAAAAUAGAUGUGAGUUUCUUAGUUUCUAAGGUCCAUAUCUAAAAACAAUCAGCUUUAUUAAUCAUAGGCUAUCCCUCAGCCUACAAACUGUCCAAAAGCCUAAGUUUCCUUUGUCUCUGUAAGUACCUGUUCCCUAAGCUGUACAAGACACUUUUGGAAUCAACUUGGAAGACAUCAACACACCCCCACUUACUAUACUGAGUUUAUUGCUGCCACUUCUCUAUCACAGAAUUUAGAGUAAGUGAGCAAUCCUACAAUUCUCUGCUUCAUGUUUCAGGAGAACAAAUAAGGUAGCUGAUCUUGCUUUGGGCAAUAAAAAUCUUUGCAGUUGGGUCCAUGUGAUGCCUGGCUAUAAACAUCUCUUCUAACAGACCAAUAAGAAAAUUAUUCCUUUGAACUCCUUUGAGGGGAAAUGAAGCUUGUGUUUAUCUUGACAGGAGGUGGUGAAGUCAAGUAUAGAUUUAGCAUUUACAACUACCAGUGAGGAAGGCUCUUGGCAUCAAGAUUUAGUAUAUAAAAGAGUCAAUUAAAAUGAAAAUAUGUUCCCUGCCAGAAACACACAGUCACACUUAGGCUGCUACUAGCAAUAUUGAUACUAGGAAGCCAUAUGAGCUUGAAAUACACUGAAGAAUAAAUCUGCAGCUGUUAAAAUUGGAUUCAUUUAAUAGUCUUUCUAAUUCCUUGAAAAGAAACCAACUUGGGAGAAUAACUGGAGAAAUAAGGGAAACUACUUUGCCCACUGCCGAUUAAAAAGCUUAAGCCAAAGAAAAAAACCUAGGCAAUACUCGCAUCCAAGAGCUAUUCAGGGACGAUUCUAAACGGCAUGUUCCAACCAUCACUAACCUGUUUGCUGUAACACAACAGACAGGGGUUCUGAGUCUUUAGUUUUUUGUAUCACGGAUCCCUCUGACAGUCUGGUGAAACCUAUGAGCCUUUUCUCAGAAUAUUUAAAAACAUAAAAUUCAGAGAUUACAAAGAAAACCAACAUACUGAAUACAGUUCUAUCUUUGCUGAUCUGAAGCUCCAGGUUAAAAAUCCUUGCUAUACCAUGACCUUGUCUAUAUAGGCUCCAAACGUCAUUUAUCCCAUUUGUUCUAUCUUCAAAUGGCAUAGCCCCACUUUCCCCCAAAUCAUACCAGAUUGUUUCUAAUUUUCCAUUAUGUUUAUUUUCAGAGUUGCCUGGCAUACCACACAUUCCAUUCACUUUUUAUAAAAAAUUUACUGAACUAGGUGGAAAUACUGUGCUGAACAAAACAAAAUGUUUCUAUCCCCUUCAAGAGGCCUUUUCUAACAUCCUCAGUUUGUCCUCUGUUGGACACAGUUGGUUCCUAUGGAUCUCCAUCACAGUACUUAUCACCAAUUGUUCAGUUCCUCAAUUAUUAAUCAUUAGGUACUCCGUAUUUUCAGUUAUCUAAUUGUUUAUUAACUUUUCCUUGAUCUUUGACUCUGGGCAGGAACUGGUUUUGGGCCAAACUAUGAAGGCCUAACCCAGGCUCCUUGGUUAUCGAUGUGCAUAUAGAACCCACCCUAUAGUACUGGCAUGAAAACAGAGCCAGUGGGGUAGGUCUUCUGAUAGAACAAUCUCUAGCAGACUAAAACAGGGGUGUAUUUUAGUUCUCCUCUUCCUCUCUGGGAGACAUCCCAACUUUUAACUGGUGUAUAAACUCGCACAUGCCGCCUCGUAUGAACACUUUAUAAAAGGUUUAAUUUUGGAGUCUGGAUGGGGAAGCAGCAGCGCAUAAAGCAACCGUGUUCUAUGGCUGCUCUGCUGAGGUUAGGAUCUGGUUAUUCAUCUUACAAUGUGUUCAAGCUCAAACUCUUCUGGCAAGUCUACAUGGGAUAAAACUUUGGGGCCCUGGUCAUCUAUUCACCUGUAACUUAGAACAGUCAAAAUAAUUUUCUGAAACGCUUGGCCAACACUGGGCUCUCCUCUGAGUAAAGGCAAGGGAACUUCACCUCAAAUGCUCUGGACAGGCUUCCACAAAAGGCAUUCAUCCUAACGCCAGCUGUUUGUCAGGCCCAGGGUGGUUCCCAAACCUUACACUGUUAGAGCUCGAGACAAAGUGCACUGGUUCUUCUCCGCAAUUGGCUUAUUUUUCUUUCAUGGACUUUUUGGUUAGUGCACAUGAAAACUUCUCUUUGCAUAAAAUGGCAGUUAGAAAGCUUAAAACCAAAACUAAGCAAUAUACGCACUCUGCUGUCUUUAUCUUCUUUUGCUUCAUUUCAAAUUUACACUAACUAUACUGUUGAAUUUUACGUACCUUUAUAAGUCAUCAGAAAUUUUUUGUAAUAAGGUAGAUCAGAAACAAAUAUUCAACCCUAUUUUUCAUGAACUGCAAUCUUAGUUCUUAGAAUGUUAAAGCUAGAAGAAAUUCAAAAACAUUCCAGACCAAUCACUAGCGAUUUAUAGAUAAAAAACAGAGCCCAGGGCGGUGGAGUGUCUUUAUCAAGAUCACACUGCUAGGAAGCAGCAGAACAAGAACUCCAAAACAGGUCUUCUGAAUCAAAAGCCAUUGGUCUUUCUAUAUGCACCAUGCUAUCGACAGCCCACCAUACACUACAUAUAAAGUCAAAGCCAAUUUUCUCAUUCUCCUAAGCUCUCCCCAUUCAUAACCAAGUUCUUAUUUUUUAAUUAUACCUUCUCUAAUUCAUAGAUAUUUAACAAAAUCAUCUCCAAACUAAAUACAAAUCAGUCUUGAAAUGUGAAAUUAGCAUAAAAUAACAAAAAUAGAAAUAGCUUUAAGAUUUAAUUUCCUGUUCAUAACCUUAGAGGGCAGAGACCACAGUGCCAGUCCCUUGCACCGCAAGAUUAGAUACUGAUGACAGUAAAACAAAUGUAAAUUAGGUUUCACUUCACAUGUAAAUCUGAUGACAUUUACUUUUUUUUUACAAAAGUACAAUAUGAUUGACACAAAACGACAUAUACUGUGUGAUUUCACUUAUAUGAGGUACCUAAAGUAGUCAACUUUAUAAGAGUGAUGGUUACCAGAGGCUGGGA